UCCUCGGCGCACGCGCAGUAAGGGGGAGCAACAGCCCCUAUGACAAACAACAACAAUCACUACAGCGGGGCUGGAAAAACAGAGAUGGCUCCUUGAAGCUCAACACUUCUGGCCCUUCACAGUACCGAUCCCAGCCCAGCUGCUGCUAUUUCCACCGGAGCUUUAUAUGUCGAUGGUGCCGAGCCCAUGAACCUGGCCAGUCAAAGCGGGGAUGCUGGCGGAAGCCAGCUCCUCUUCGCCAACUUCAACCAGGACAACACGUCCUUAGCUGUUGGCACCAAAUCAGGAUACAAGUUUUUCUCCCUGUCCUCUGUGGACAAAUUGGAGCAGAUAUAUGAAUGUACGGACACGGAGGAUGUGUGUAUAGUGGAGCGUCUGUUCUCCAGCAGCCUGGUGGCCAUCGUCAGCCUGAAGGCCCCCAGGAAGCUCAAAGUCUGUCACUUCAAGAAGGGAACUGAGAUCUGCAACUACUCCUAUUCCAACACCAUACUGGCUGUCAAACUCAACAGACAGAGGCUGAUCGUGUGUCUGGAGGAGUCACUUUACAUUCACAACAUCCGAGAUAUGAAAGUGCUGCACACUAUCAGAGAAACUCCACCCAACCCGUCAGGAUUGUGCGCCCUGUCCAUCAGCAAUGAUAACUGUUAUCUGGCCUACCCUGGCAGCGCCACGAUAGGAGAAGUGCAAGUGUUUGACACAGUCAACCUGCGAGCAGCUAAUAUGAUUCCAGCCCACGACAGCCCAUUAGCAGCUCUGGCUUUCGAUGCCAGUGGAACCAAACUGGCCACAGCCUCAGAGAAGGGCACAGUCAUCCGUGUCUUCUCCAUCCCAGAGGGACAGAAGCUCUUUGAGUUUCGAAGAGGAGUCAAGAGGUGUGUGAGCAUCUGCUCACUGGCGUUCAGUAUGGAGGGCCUGUACCUGUCGGCCUCCAGCAACACAGAGACGGUCCACAUUUUCAAAUUAGAGACGCAGAAGGAGAAGUAUGUGCCAGCGGAGGAGCCCACCACAUGGGGAGGCUACCUGGGCAAGGUUCUGAUGGCGUCCACCACCUACCUGCCUUCUCAGGUUACGGAAAUGUUCACCCAAGGGCGAGCCUUCGCCACUGUUCGCCUGCCCUUCUGUGGACAUAAGAACAUCUGCGCCUUAGCUGUGAUUCAGAAGAUUCCCAGGUUGCUGGUGGCGGCGGCUGAUGGUUACCUGUAUCUGUACAACCUGGAUCCACAAGAGGGAGGGGAGUGCACACUUAUGAAGCAGCACAGGUUAGACGGCAGUGCUGAGCCAGCCAAUGAGAUCCUUGAGCAGGGGUCACAUGACCGCCCACUUGUGGCCCAAACCUACAGUGCUGCUGUCACUAAAGGUUACUGUGAAGAGCAGGGCGCCGUGGGCGGAGCAGGGCUAGAGGACGACCUCAACGACUUGCGCUUAGAGGAGGAGAACGAGCAGCCACCUCUCAUCCUAGAAACUGACUGACUGACCUAACGGACGGCUGUACCCACCAAUCAGAGGGCUCCUCUGGUGCUGCUAUGAACAUGUGACACAAGGGGGGCACGGGCAGGAUCAAAGACGGGGGCGUUUUUAAACGCUCAGAGUGUUCAUGGGCCUGUCUGUCAGUCUGUCUGUGCGUUUGUCUGUUCACAUACAUGUCGACCUUUCCUUCCUCCCUCCCUCCUUCCUUCCCUCCCUCCCUCCUCUCUCUUCCCUCAGUUUGCCUGCGCAGGCUAAACUGACGCUUUGCAUGUACAUGUGCCAACUGCUAAAAACAUGCUCCGAUGUGAAUAUCUGUGAGUGUGUGUGUGU